AGUGGCCGCGAGCAUAAACACGAUGGAGGCAGAAACUGUGGGGAAUCUUGUUCAAAAAAUGAUCGUUUCCCUUUAUGGUGAACAAAAACCAGAGGUGAUCAGAAAAUGGAUGAGGUUCUCUCUAGGAUUGUUGUCAUCCACACAGGGGAUAGAGACUUUGCAGGAAGAUGAAAUUUCGAUAGGGAGUCAAAUAAAAGAAAAGCUGUCGACCUGCGAGGCGGCACAGUUCGACAAACUGUAUAACGACUUGAGAUCCGGGCCCUUAAAGAACAGAGUACAAAUCCUCAUAUUCCUGUUAAACAUGUGUCAUUCUACUGAGCAGUUGAGGGAAAGAGUUUUCUCAGUGCCUGAUUUAAAAUUAGGUUUAUGUUCCUCUUCUGCAUCUACUAGUGGACAAUCAUCAGAGAUUUAUGCACCCGCUCAGAUCGUGUCUAUGAACAGUUCAGAGAAGGGUGCGAGAGAGUAUCUGACAAGUUACAGCAAGUUAUAUGGAGAAGAAUACAUUUCAGAAGAUGCAUUGGUUCAAGAUCUGAUAUAUUGCUUCCAAGGUAUCGAGGGAAAGAUAUUAAAAUUGGACUCGAAUUACGGUUUCCAAUUAGAUCCGAUGAUAAGCAUAGACAGGCCAAGGAAACAGGCCACGUUGAGAUUAAGCGAGCUGGGUUAUUUACAUAAUAUCAUACAAAAGGGUUUAGAAAGAAUGUCAGCUGCUUCGAGCGGUCAAGUAGCCGAUAGUUUCGUUGCGGCGUUACAUUCAGAAUUGUCCGAAUACUACAGGUUCAUAGCGCUUAUCCAGGAAGAAGUAAACAGAGUUCAGUCCGAAUCGGGAUUGUACAGAGUCACGCUCUCCCAUUUGCAUCUUUGGGCAUACGAUCCCUUAGAAACAUUGAAAUGGCUGGCGAGUAUCGUAAAAGCUUGCCAAGGGCAGAAGGGCGGUGCGCUGGCUUCAGCGAUAUAUGAAUUUAGUAAUCACGGCGAUGCGAGCGUGAAGAGAUUGGUAAAAAGGAUCUUGGAAAGCGUCUGCGACUCCCUGUACAAUAUGCUAAUAAGGUGGAUCGCGGACGGUGAACUGGAUGACCCGUACAGAGAAUUCUUUAUUGAAGCUUGCGCCGAUAUCACCGGCGGAGACAGGUUGUGGCACGAGAAGUACCAAGUUCGUAACAACAUGCUACCGUCUUUUAUCACGAAGAUGCAGGCGAAGAAGAUUCUCGGAACGGGGAAGAGCAUCAAUUUCCUACGCGAAGUCUGUAAAGAUUUUACUCCCUGGCAAGGAAAGCACACGGAAAUGUUCAAAAAUUUCAGCGAGGAACACAAAGUCGACGUCCUGUUCGAUAUGGAUCCCGAUGGUCGAUUGCAAACGAUGAUGGACACGGCUUACAAGGAAACCUCGACGAGAGUAGUUGAAAUCUUGACGAAACAGUAUCACCUCAUGGAACACCUGCAGGCUAUCAAGGGCUAUCUGUUGCUGGGACAAGGACAUUUUAUCCAACACCUAAUGCACUUAUUAGAGCCAGAAUUGGAUAAACCAGCCAAUUCUUUGUACCCACACAAUAUAUCUUCGAUCUUGGAAACGGGAAUAACAGCAACGGCUACGAAAAUAGAUGAUUUGGAUAUACACAGGCGGUUGGACGUAAGAUUACUGGCGCCGUCAGAAAACGAAAGAGGGUGGGACGUUUUCAUCCUCGAUUACAACGUUGGUGGACCCAUCGGAAUGAUUUUAGAACCUUGCAGACAGAUAUAUCAAACUGUGUUCUUUGCUUUGUGGAGAGCGAAACGAAUGGAGUCGAUAUUGUCUGCGAUCUGGAAACGUCAGAUAACUUCGGCGAAGAUGUUUCGUAAAAUGCCUGAGGUAUUGCCGAUACAAACUCACAUUCACUCGAUCACGAGCAGCAUGGUCCAUCUGGUCCACCAAAUGCAGUAUUUCUUUUUAUUCGAGGUGAUCGAAUGCUCUUGGGACACGUUCGCGAAACAAUUGGGACAAGCGGCAUCGUUGGACGACAUAAUUACGUCUCACAAUCAUUUCAUAGACGCCGUGAGACGUGGUACAUUGUUAGAUGAGAAUUCACAGGAGCUUAUGGACCAUUUACGUUCUGUGUAUGGUCCGAUUUUGGACCUACAAAAUCUUGAAGAAACGUUUCUCACGCACGCGACGUUAGAGUACGAAGCGAGAUUAAAAGAUAACACCCCGUUAAGCACGAACUGUUCACUUUCCGAAAACAGUGACGCAGAAAUUGCCAAGCGUCAAGCUGCAUUUUCGAAGUACUUAAAUACGCUUUCGAUUCAGCUUAGACUGCUCUCGAGAACUUACCAGGACAGGGUAAAGAAAUUCCUUAUAAUGCUUGCCUCGGCGGAGGAUGUCUCUUUACAAUUGUUGAGCGUACGAUUAGAUUUCAACGAGUACUAUAAGAGCAAGGACAGUCGGCUGGUCGUGCCGUUGACGUACUUGCACCGCAGACAGAGUGAUCAAAGCUAUCUCAGUUGUAAAUAACAGGCGGGAAAACUUAAUCGUGUCAUUUUUUUACAAAACUUUUCGAAAUAAAUAUUUCUUUAUUUGAA